CGAUCUCCAUGGACAGCAACUCGCUCGUCAUGUCGGAAAUCGUAGACAUUCCCGGGGACAGCAGCCCGUCGGAGGAUUCCUGCCUGCUGGAAGGGAGCGGCUCGGCCUGCUCGGUGGAUUACGUCCUCUUCCGCUCGAUCCAGCGCAGCCGGGCGGAUUACUGCCUGAGCGUCGAUUGCGGACAGUGCGGGAUUCACCCGCAAGGCCCCUUUGAGGACAUCCCGCAGGCGCGCCUGCGGGGCGAGCGCUCCUUCUCCUGCUCCACGCCGGGCACGGUGUACGACGGCCUGCUGGAGGCGGGCAGCGUCCAGACCCACAGCUGCCACCGCCUGGAGGGUCUCGGCCACGGCGCGGGGCCCUGUUUCCCCGAAGUCCGGGUGAAGGCCAAGUCGGCGGUCACGGCGCGCAAAGGGCCCAGGCGGCAGCGCCGCAGCAGCGAAACGUCCUGCCAGUCCCCCGUGAUCCGAUGCCCGCUGCUGCGGUCCCACAGCGACCCUGGGAUGGCCGCCUCCAGGGAGGCGGAAACCAACGACCACGAAGUAUUUUGCACAAAAGAAUCUGGAGACGACGCUUCCAACGGCUCGGCGGAGACAGGGCCGUGUUUGCACACCUGUCUCGGUGACCCGUUCUUGCUGGCUCCGGUGCCCGGCAAAUCCAAGCUAGAGCUGCCGCCGAAAGUGCCCGACCACCUGUCCAAGACUAUCACCCGCUCCCUGGGGGACCUCAAGGUGUGCCGGGGGUCUCGCAGCCUGAUGGCCCGUUUCCUGCACCGAUCCAAACGGAACCUGACCUUGCCCGGCGCGGAAAUGAGCUCUUGCGGGAACAAGCAGGUAACGCUGUUUGACUCUCAGUUUACCGAAACAUCACAUGGGCCAUGUUCCUGCAACCAAGUCCCUUCCGUUGUUCUUAGCGGUGAAG